AUGGACGCGGAGCUCCUGGAGCUGCAGCGGCAGCUGGAGGCGGCGCAGAGCGCGCGGUCGAGCGUGCGGCUGUCGGAGCGCAACGUGGUGGAGCUCGUGCAGAAGCUGCAGGAGCGCGGCCUCAUCGACUUCGAGCUCCUCCACACCGUCUCCGGCAAGGAGUACAUCACAUCCGACCAUUUGAAGCAUGAGAUUAAGGUGGAGAUCAAGAAGCGAGGGCGUGCAUCACUAGUCGAUUUAUCAGAUACCCUGGGGGUGGAUCUUUACCAUAUUGAGAGGCAGGCACAAAAGGUCGUCACGGAGGAUCCGGCCCUGAUGUUGAUCAACGCGGAGAUCAUGUCACAGUCUUACUGGGACACUGUGACAGAAGAGAUAAAUGAGAAGUUGCAAGAGCGCAGCCAGAUUGCCUUGGCUGAGAUUGCUGCACAGUUACACAUUGGCUCAGAGCUGGUCCUCAAUAUUCUCGAGCCUCGGCUUGGAAACUAUUUCUAUAAAUCCUUCCAGGUGCAUGGAAGGCUAGAAGGUGGCCAGCUAUACACUCCAGCAUACGUCUCCCGAAUUACUGCCAUGGUCCGUGGUGCGACAAGGGGUUUAACAGUUCCGACAAACUUGCCAUCUGUCUGGAACUCCUUGCAGCAACAGCUCCAAGAAAUGCACGGUGCUAAUGGAGUUUCAGUGGAAGGUUCAUUCUUCCAGUCCAUUUUUGUUGCCUUGCUAAAAGAAGGUGCUGUACUUGGGUCUGUCCGUGCCGGAGUACAUUGGACACCAGCUGUAUUUGCUCAUGCUCAAAAGGAAAGCGUUGAUGCAUUUUUUUCACAGAACUCUUAUAUUGGGUACGAAGUACUUCAGAAACUCGCAAUUCCCCAGCCUAAACAGUACUUAGAGGCCAGAUAUCCAGAUGGCAUUGCACUGGAGGCUGUUUUUGUACAUCCUUCUGUUGUCGAUAUGCUAGAUGCUGCUGUGGGUGACGCAAUCGAGAAUGGACAAUGGAUUGAUUCUCUUUCGAUCCUUCCAUCAUAUAUCAGUGGCCCUGAUGCAACCAAGAUAUUGUCUCUUUGUCCAUCUUUUCAGAAGGCAGCCAAGUCUUCAAAAGCAGUGCUAUUUGGAGAAUCAUGUGUCUUCAGCAAUGUGUUCAUUAAGGGUAUUUUUGAUCAACUUGAGAAAGAGAUCGACUCCUUUGGUAUUAAACAUAGUGCUGGUCAAGGAACGCCCGUGAAUAUGAAUUCAAGUAGCGAGCAUAGGGCAGGAUCUGUCCAGUACUCAGACACAAAAGACUUUGGUGAUAACGACGCCAGCAGUACAGGUGCUUCAUCAGACAGAGGACCAAAGAAGAAACGUGGAAAAGCUACGGGGUCUGCCAAAGGCGGAGCAGUUGAGAAGGAUGAUGAUGAAGAAAUCAUCCCUGUAAAGGGCAAGAAAGCUCAUAGGAAAAACAAGGACACUGGUUCUUCAGGUGAUGCGAAGCGCGGUGGUAAAAAGGCACCAGAGAAACCAAAAGAGGAGAACACAAAUAUCUUCCCCGAUGAGUUGAUAGAGCAAAAGGUUUUGGCUGUUGCUCCAGAGUUAGAAGAGUUGGGAGGCUCAGACGACUUAAAUGGCCCAAUUAAAUUAUUGUCCUCUCACCUGAGGCCAAUGCUUAUUGAUGCAUGGAAGAAGAAAAGGAACACCAUGCUGUCAGAAAACGCUGAAAGGAGGCGAAGUGUACUUGAUAAUCUGCAAAAGCAGCUAGAUGAGGCUGUCCUUGAUAUGCAACUCUAUGAAAAAGCUCUAGAUGUGUUUGAGGAUGAUCCUGCUACCUCUGGCAUAUUACACAAGCAUCUGCUAAGAACUAUGGGUACUCCAAUAGUCAACAAGAUUUUAUCUAGUCUGGAUAGGGACAACAAAUUGAAGAAUGGAAUGGAGUAUGAAGACAGUGAAGAACAGCAUGCUCAGCUGAGCACUACUGACCGCACUUUUCUGGCAAAGGAUCUUCCUGGGCAAUUGUCAUCGAAGGCUCAAGCUUUAGUUGAAGCACUGGAGGGAAAGCGGUUUGACUCAUUUAUGGACGCCUUAAGAGAUACAGCAGAGGAAAGUGGCUUGUUAUUUAAGAAGCUUGAUAAAAGACUUGAGCGAUCAAUGCUGCAUUCCUACCGCAAGGAUUUGAUAGCACAAGUUUCUUCAGAGACUGAUCCAGUUUCCUUCCUCCCAAAAGUCGUUGCUCUACUUUUUCUCCAGGCACACAACAAGGGUCUUCAGGCACCUGGAAGAGCUGUUGGUGCUGUCAUCACAUUACUGAAGGACAAGCUACCAGCUUCAACCUUCAAGGUUUUAACUGAAUAUCACGCCACUACCGUGAAAGUUCUCGCACUACAAGCUGCUGCCACGGGUGAUGAAGACGAUUGUGCAUCGGACCGAAUGCUGGAGAAGAAGGAAGACCUAGAAGAGAGGCUGAUGCCAGAACUCAAAUCCCUGGCCCUCGGCACGAGCAAAGAGUGA